UACCUUGGAAGCAGAGUGUGAAAAUUUCGGUCAAACUGUCUUUUCACGGCCACCUGCAAGAUAAGGCAAGUACACGAAAUCGUUAAACUCAUACUAAAAAUUUGCUCGUGACUUUCAAAGGCUGUCGCUCGUGCCUAUAAAAAGUCCUGCUGGUUUGGAACCGGCAGGAAACCCACUCGAAACCAUGGUGGUACCAGAAGUUCUCACUUCGAUUGUUCAAUUGGUUGCUGUCCUCCUCAACAACCUCACAGGGGAUUUAUUUCAUUUUCCCGAAAACACCGCUAUCGACAUCAUCAAGGAGGCUGGAUAUCCAGUGGAAAUCCACACAGUGACCACUGAGGAUGGAUAUAUUCUGAACAUGCACCGGAUUCCGCACAAUGGGAAGGAAACAAGUGCGUCCAAAGGGCCGAUCCUAUUGGUUCAUGGCCUGCUGCUCAGUUCAGCUGAUUGGGUGGUAACCAGGGAAAAAUCAUUGGCGUUCGUGCUGAGCGAAGCCGGUUAUGAUGUUUGGUUAGGAAACAACCGGGGAAACACAUACUCUAGAAGCCAUCUUCGUUUGGACCCCGUCACUGAUCGAAAGGAGUUCUUUGACUUCAGCUACCAUGAAAUGGGAAAGUUCGACCUGCCUGCCAUGAUCGACUACGUCCUGAUGCAAACGCAAAAAACGAAAAUUCCCUAUGUGGGAUUUUCCGAGGGAACCACCCAGUUCUGGGUGAUGGCAUCCGAACGGCCCGAGUACAACGAGAAAAUCCUACUGGCCAAUUUUUGGGCACCGGUCAUCGAAAUGGGCGGAGCCACCAGCAUUCCCUUCAAUCUAUUGGCCAUCGUUUAUCCAAUCGAAAAGAUAGCGUUGCUGACAAACUUGUACGAACUGUUUCCGCACGCCACUGUUUCAAACAAGUUCAGAGCACUGUGCUUACUGGAUGACAAACUUUGCUCAGAACUGUUCAGUUUGAUUGGAUCGUCCAAUGAGCGAAUGCCCAACAAGGCCUGGAAGGCGAAAAUCUUGGAAAACUUUCCAGCUGGCAUGUCGUUGAAGCAACUCUACCACUAUGUGCAAGGAGUUCGCUCCAAGGUUUUUCGGCCGUUUGACUACGGCGAAGACAUCAAUAUGGAGGUUUAUGGCAAACCCGAACCUGAUCCAUACGACUUCAGUAGGUUCACAGCUCCAGUGGUGCUCUACUAUGGAGAUGCGGAUAUCUAUGUGAACAAUGCGAGGCUUCUGGAGCUAGCGGCGCCCCAGAUGAAGAAUGUGACCGAAUUUCGGGUUCCAUAUUUGGAUUUCAACCAUCUGGAUUUUAUGUAUGGCAUCAACAUCGACAGGCUGACUGAGGAAACUUUGAAAAAUAUUGACGCUGCUGUUGGAUUCAGUGGCGGAAAUAUUUAGCUCUGGAUAGUCUGGAACUUGUCUGGUGCCAAACUUUUACUGCCUGGAUUUUUUGUUAAUAUAACUUAGUGCUAUUGGGCGUA